GCUCUGUCUCUGUACAUGAAGGAGGCCCCGCCCCGAGCACGUGGUGUCUGUUUCCUGGCAACCGGAGCGUCAGAGCUGGAAGUUGUGCUGUGUGAUGAGAAGAAGAUACAAGUGUCACCGACAGGAGCUGGAGCGGAGCUGAGAGAGCCCGGGGCCCCUCCACCCAACAUGAUCAGUACUCAGCUUAACGGUGAUAUCUUAAAGCCACAGUUUGUGGAACAGCUGAACUAUCUGAGAGAUAAAAGCAAGUCACUGGAUGAAAAAGGAAAAUGUGACCGCGUGACGGCAUGUCUGCUUAUAUCCUCCAAGCUAGGUAGCAGUAUGAAGCCACCCAGACCUCCAGACAAGACUCCGCAGAGACCAAAGACUGCUAUGGCUGCUCUAGGAGGGAACCUAUGGGAUCCAUAUGAAACAUCAAUGAAUCGGGACUACCCACAAAAAGUCUUCCCUUCAACUACUGCUGUACGCCCUAAGACCUCUAAAAGCUACAGGAACCCAUACUACUUGUGUGAUCCCAUUGGAAUAAGCAUGUACAGUGAUGAAUUUGGCUGGAAACCCUAUUCCAAAACAGAACCUAUCAGAGCUGCAACAUCAUCAGGAGCCAGAAAUCACCGGCCUCACCCCGACAAGACUUUUGCAGCUUGGCGGUUACCUCAUCAGGAGAAAAAGAUUUCAGAAGACAGUCGCUCAGCUUGGAUUAAGCCGCCAUCUAUUGCAGAGGUGCAGAGAGUAAUGACAUCCCAGUAUCUCUCUACAUACAAAGGGGACUAUCUUGGGAUACCACAAGGUUAUCAAAUGAAAUAUGCUAUAGAUGCUCCACCGGACUGGAGAAAAGAAAUCCCAAAACCUUUAGCCACCGAGUCACGGUUUCAUUAUCAAGUUCAACCUCGUGCUCCAGAACUGGAUGACGUCACUCACAAAUACGGAUGUUACUCAACCAAACACCUCACAGCAAAGGGAGUUAUUCCUGCCGUGACAUAUGCUCAUAUCAGAAACCAACAAAACAGAACUCAGCUGACCACAUAUCAGAGACAUUUCGGAAAGGAGUAUGUUGACCUUUCUGGUCUUGUAGCUUCACUGAAUCCCGCAGAGCUGGCAUGCUAUCUAAAGAGUGUCCCUAAUGAAGAAAGAAGAAUGCUUGAGAAGUUUCUAAAAGCCUUCCGGGAAAAUGACAAUCAACACUUAGAAACAAAAUCAACUCAAACCAAAUUAAACUGAUGACUGGAAGAAGACGUGACUUUCUACUGCUAAUCUGUGUGACAAUUUCCCCCCCUCUAAGAUGAUCGUUGUGAAAUUCUGGUGUUAAAAAAAGACUAUCCUGACAAGGUUUUGAUUGCCUAAUUCAUAAAAUGGAUAUUUCUUGA